ACCGUUAGCGGCUUCCCCGAUCGUCGACCGGAUCGAACGUUAUAAAAGCUGAGCUAACCGAUCUUCGAAGGACAGUGUCUCUCAGUCUAGCAAUGGCUGAAAAGAAAACUUCUUAUUCUAAAAGAGGAAGAAAAUGUUGGUGGGCUGUUGUCUUCCUUGUUUUGACAUUUUUUUCAUUGACACAAAACGUCGUCGACUCGGCUGCUGUUAAUCGACAUAAAAGGGAAUUCGUUAUACCAGACUGGAUCGAGAUCGUUGAGGAAUCUUCCUUCGAUGGGAGAUCGAACGUUCGCAGAGCUGUGAGAAUUCGUGAGGCUAAGGUUACCUACGAUGGGGCUCAAUUGUGGAGGGUUCGUCCUGCCGACGGACAACCUGUUCUCCAAUCGGGUGUCCUUUCUGAAUUUGAGGAAACUGGAUUAUUCUCAGUUUGGUCUGGUAACGAUACUACCAUGGAUAUAAUGGUGAGGCAAGAUGCAAUACCAAGAGUAUCAAGAAUUUUGAGAGAAAAGAACGUUCGAUAUGACGUUGUGAUCAAUGAUCUACAGAAAGCGAUAGACGAAGAAAAUCCACCAUUGUCGGAAGAAUUAAUGGAGGAAUUAGAGGGACGCAAAGGUCAUAGGAUGGAAUGGACGAGUUAUCAUAGACUCGAUGAUAUCUAUGGAUAUCUCGAUUUCUUAGCACAAACUUAUCCAGACGUUUGUUCUGUCAUGAACAUUGGUAAUUCUGCUGAAGGCAGACCUUUGAAGGUUCUUAGGAUUAGUAAUGGAAAGGCUGGUGUUCCAGCAUUAUGGAUCGAUGGUGGUACCCAUGCUAGAGAAUGGAUAUCCCCAGCAGCUGUAACUUACAUCAUUGAUUAUCUCGUUGAAAAUAGCGAGUCUCUGGAGGCUGACUAUUAUAUCCUUCCUGUUGUCAAUCCAGACGGAUACGAAUACACAUUCACGAAUGAUCGUCUCUGGCGAAAAAAUAGACGAAAUUAUGCAGGUAGUCAAUGUGCCGGUGUAGAUCUCAAUCGUAAUUUCGGAUACAAGUGGGGCGGAUUGGGUACUAGUAGGAAUCCUUGUAGUGAUAUCUUUGCUGGAUCUGCUGCAUUUUCUGAACCGGAAACAAAUGCUAUUAGGAAUUUCUUCGAGGCUAGUGCAGCUGAUUUUAAGGCAUACUUAACGUUCCACAGUUAUGGUCAAUAUUUCUUGUAUCCAUGGGGUUAUGAUCGUCGUGUCCCACCAGAUUACGCUGAUCUUGAUAGAAUCGGUCGUAAUGCUGCCAAAGCAAUGAAAAAAGCUGACGUAGCAGCGAGUUCGUAUACUGUUGGUAACAGUGCAACAACUUUGUAUGAAGCAGCAGGUGGAUCCGAUGAUUGGGCGAAGGCUAUAUUAAAAAUCAAAUAUUCUUAUACAAUUGAAUUGAGAGAUACAGGGUUUUAUGGUUUUGUUCUACCAGCGCGUUUUAUCGUUCCUACUGCUAAAGAAGCAUUAGCUGCUGUGCAAGUUAUCACUGAAGCUUGCAAAUUAUUAUAAUAAUUGAAAAUAGAUAUAUACACAUAUA